CCAUUGAACGCUCCAACGUCCAUGACGUGAACACACGCCGCGCUUGUCGAGUGUCACUGGACGCCUAAACAGAGUGAUGUGGGCGGGAGGUGGAGUGGUAAAAAACUGACGGACGGGAGACAGAGUGUUUGGAUGGCCGACAGAGUGUCGAGAGUGGGCGGUAGAGUGGUGAGUGAGAGCGGUAGGUAGAGUGGCGAGAGUAAGUGGCAGAGGGAUGGUGGUGGAGAGCGGAGUGGUGGCAAAGAAGCGAGAGUGAAGGGAGAGAAGCGAGAGCAGAAGACAGAGUGGUGAGAGCGGACAACAGAGUGGCGAGAGCGGAGAACAGAACAGCGAGAGCGGAGGGCAGAGUGGUGAGAUCAGCGGCAGAGUGGCGAGCGCCGAGAGCACAGUGGCGGCGCCGGGGCCCGGUGUCCCGACGGCUAUUUUGGGCCGCCCCGCCGGCCGGCCGCUCAGUUGAUACAUAGUUGGUGGGUGAGACUGCCGGCGGGCUGACGUUCCGAGUCGCCGCUCGGAGUAUCGCAGAGAGCUGGGGGUCGUCCGCUGCAGUCUUCUACCCCAAAGAGACGACUGACGGCGGUUAGCCUCCACCGGAGGUAGCAGGUGCCGCCGCCCGCUUCGCCUCGCCUCGGACACUCAGCAAAGGAGUGGACACUACACACAGCUCAGGAUGAGGUGUAUCACCGAGAGGAGCUGGGUCUGCUGCUCGCUGGCGCUGCUGGCCUGUGUGGGAACCAGCGCCGCCGCCGCCGCCAACCCUCUGGUCCUCUUCAUCGUCGAUGGGUUCCGCUGGGACUACCAGAAGCUGCUGCCACUGGGACACAAGGGCAGUCUGCACAUGAUAGAAAAGGAGGGAGUACGUGCGAAAAGGGUCUACCCCAUCUUCCCUUCAGUGUCGUACGCCAGCUGGACGUCCAUAGCGACAGGCCGCUGGGCAGAGACGCAUGGCAUCGUCGGCAACAACAUGUGGGACGACCAGCUGGGUGUGUUCACCCUGUUCAACCGCACUCUGACGGGCCAGCCGGGCUGGUGGGCGGCCGGAUCAGACCCCAUCUGGGUCACAUCGACCCAGCAGGGUGUCAAGACCGCCGUCAUCGGCUUCUCCAGGUGUGACGUAGCGGUGAGCGGGGUAAAACCGGCCUACUGCAGUCCGUUCGAGAAGUUCCACGGCCUCCAGACCAUCAAAGACCACCUGGCACUGGCCAUUGACAAGAUUGACCGCGGCUUCAAGUUUGUCAUUGUCUAUGCAGAGCACAUUGACUCGGUGGGGCACAAAUACGGCCCCAGCGGAUCGAAGAUGCAGCAAGCCAUGGUGGAACUGGAUAAAGAACUCAGUGUAUUCUUCAAGGAGCUGGACCAGAGGAAGAAAUUAGACAAGGUGAACUUUGUCAUGGUCGGUGACCACGGCAUGACUGAGGUGGGGGCUCAUGUGGACACCAACUUCCUCUACCUGGACCUGUACCUGUCUCCGCUGCUGGCCGAGCGCAUCAUCGACCGUGGCGCCUACACCCAGAUCAUACCGCGAGCCUCCACACGGGAGCAGAUUCUGAACGAGCUGGCCAGUAUGCCCAAUGUGACCGUGUAUACUCGGGACGAGUUUCCCACCGAGUGGCACUACGCCACCCACUCACGUAUUCCGGAGAUUUUGGUACUGGCCGACCCAGGAAGUGUGAUCGUGGGCACCCAGACAGACAACAUGCUGCCCCGGGAUCUGCCCGGCGCCUGGGACGGCACCCGUGGCAUCCACGGCUACACGCGAAACAUGACCGACAUGGCCACUGUGUUCUACGCCAGGGGACCCGGGUUCCGGAGGAACUACACACAGGAUCCGAUGGAGCUGGUGGACAUAUACCAGGUGCUGGCUCACCAGCUGGACAUCGAGCCGCGGCCCCACAACGGCACCUGGGCCACCGUCAGGCACAUGUUCUCUCCGGCUCCCGCCCUCCGACCUGCGCUAGGUGGCGCCGCGCUGCUGGCACAGGCUGCGCUAGCGGCGCUGGCCGCUGCGAGGGUGGGGACCUGGGUGUAGGUGGCGCGGCGAGUGUUCGUCGGGUGCGGUCACUGGUCAGCGAAUCCAGCCGAGGCUAUGGCCACAUUGGCCCAGAUGAAUGUGUUUACUGCGUCUAUGCUGCUAGCAUAUUUGGGAAAAAUAGAUCAUAUCAUAGACUACUACAUCUGGUUCAUGAUUAAAUGAAUUGCAGUAUGGAACUAGGAAUGAUAGAAAACGAUGCAAUUACCGUUGAAGCAGGAUGCUUCUUACAUUGCUUGCGUCGUGCAGUGAAGUUUGAUAAUCGUGCCUUAUCGGUUUACCAGGAAUGAGACGGACCGAGGGUUGAACUGGAUGUCCUACAUGACUAUCCGAUAAGCAGUCCGCUAAACUCAUCUGUGCACGAUUGCAUUGUCAAUGCCCCUAUUUACCUGUCAUAUGCUUGUCACUAAUUUUAUGCAUAUCACAAGGUGCAAAGCUCACUGUGCCAUGAGCUGCGUUCGUGACAAGACUGGUGACUAACAAAAUGUUCAAUGAGUGUUCUGAGAUUAUGUGUUUAUGGGAUAUAAUAAACGGUGCCUAUGUUG